GACGCCAACCCCCCCCCCCCGCUCCUUGCCCUAUUCACGUCCUCCUGUCAACCAUGUCCUGCCCUGCCUCGGCCUCCAACCCCACCACUGAUCAGCCUGCCAAGCGCCCUCGCACCGAGGAGACCGGCCCGAUUGCCACCUCGCCGGCUUGCAUGGCGGCCCCGGACACGUCUGCCCCCCGGCCGCCGAUGAUGACGGUGCCUCCCUCGAUCGAGAAGAUCACCCUCUACAGCUACUGGCGCUCGAGCUGCUCGUGGCGCGUGCGCAUGGCCCUCAACCUGAAGGAGCUGCCGUAUGAGAACCGCCCGGUGAACUUGAUCCUGGAUGGCGGCGAGCAGAACAAGGAGGAGUACGAGAAGCUCAACCCGAACCGCGCGGUGCCCACCCUGGUGAUGGACCUCCGCCGGCAUCCGGCCAAGAAGUGCGGCCAGCCCGACCCGGAGGGCCCGCCCAUGGAGAACCCCAUCACCACCCUCACUCUGACCCAGUCGAUGGCCAUCAUCGAGUUCCUGGAGGACCUGCUGCGUGACCGUGGGGUCCGGCUGCUGCCGGUGUGCCCGCUGGCUCGCGCUCGCAUUCGCGCCAUGGCCCUGCAGAUUGUCGCCGACACCCAGCCCGUGCAGAACGCCCGUGUCAUCGCCCACGUUGGUAAGCCGGUUGACCAGGGCGGUCUUGGUGGCUCUGCGCCGGAGUGGGCCAACAAGUGGAUCACCACCGGUCUGGUUGCCCUCGAGAAGCUGGCCAUCCAGCAUGCCGGCAAGUACAUGUACGGUGACACCAUCUCCCUGGCCGACAUUUGCCUCAUUCCCCAGCUGUACAAUGCCCGGCGCUUCAAUGUCGACCUGUCGGCCAUGCCGACCCUCCUGCGUGUGGAGGCCAACCUCCAGGAGAUUGAGGCCAUCGCCAAGGCGCACCCGGACCUGCAGCCUGACGCCCCGAAGCAGGAGUGAUGUGCCAUCUGCCCAUGUCUCCACCUCCGCUGGAGGCCCUGAGUCCCCCUCCCCGUCUCCAUGUCGAGCACGCCGCCUCCCUCCGAGCUGACACGCGUACACACAUGCACGCAUAUGUGAGCAUGCCGAGGAGGCUGCUGGACAUGCCUGUGUGUGAAUGUGCGAAUGCGUGUGUGUGCGCGCACAUGCGCGUGCGUGUUUGUUCGUCUGCGCACAUGCGUGUGCGCACACACGCACACAUAUACAUAUGCACGCCGCCGCGCCCAUGGCCGCCUCGACGCCUGGGAAAAACCGCUCCCAUCACGGUUCUGGCUUGUCUAACUGUGCCCUACAAAUAAAGAAGAACCCCCAUGGAGA